AUGGAAGCUCUUGGACAGAACUUCGGCUUCAUCCUCUACCGAGUGGAGGGAAAGCUGCCGCUGCAGAACUACUCCAUCGACGACCCGGUCAACGACCGCUCGGUGCUGUACAUCGACGGCGCCGAGGUGGCCAUCAACAAUGAACCUCUGGAGGAGCCUUUCGUCUACAACAUUUCAUCCUCAAAUCUAGAUCACAGUAAAGAACAACACUCCUUUGACCUGCUGGUGGAGAAUCAAGGCCGUGUCAACUUUGGCAUCUUCAUGCAGACGCAGCGGAAGGGGCUGCACAACAGCGAGAUUAAGCUUGAUGGCCGCCCAGUGGCGAACAUUACCACCUACAGCCUCGAGCUGAACUCCUCCUUUGUGGACAGUCUUCAGCAGCUGAAGGUCGCCCCGGAGGGACCGUGGAUCCAAGUGGAAAAUUUUAAGCAUCAAAACGCUCCGGCAAUGUACUCGGCACUGCUGUACCUGUCACUUCACGAAGAGCCCGGUGACACCUUCGUUGAGCUGCCCGGAUGGACCAAGGGCAAUGUCUUCGUCAACGGCUUCAACCUCGGUCGGUACUGGGAGAUUGGCCCGUUGAAGACCCUGUACCUGCCGGGGCCGCUCUUAAGGCGAGGCAACAAUCGAGUUGACGUCUUUGAGCUGCACCGGGCGGGCAAGGAGCUGCACUUUAUUGAUCAUCCCAAGUUGUUUUAG